AACACUAACAGAUACUUUUAUCUACCACGGUAGUUCAAUGGUCACCAAACUAAACCUCAGUACAGAUCAAAAUCCGAUAUUUCUUAAGCUCCGGCGACUUGCUCUUCAACCAUGGCUUCCCUCGAUUUUCUUUCCUCCGACGCCGAGUAGGAAAGAGUAGACCUUUAUCAUAUUCUUCUCUUGAAUUCCCCCCAAUUAAGUAUCAAAACCCUAGAUUGGUUCUCUUGUUUGUUCUCAAUUUCAACGAGAGAUUUGAUGGGACGUGAUUCUGCGACCUCUUUGGCUCCUGGGUUUCGAUUCCAUCCGACUGAUGAAGAACUGGUUCGGUAUUAUUUGAAGCGCAAGGUCUGUAAAAGACCCUUCCGUUUCAACCCCAUCUCCGAUGUCGAUGUCUACAAAUCCGAGCCUUGGGAUCUCCCUGGUAAGUCAAAACUGAAGACCAGAGACUUGGAGUGGUACUUUUUCAGUGUGUUGGACAAGAAGUACGGGAAUGGAUCAAGGACCAACCGAGCCACAGAGAAGGGCUACUGGAAGACUACAGGGAAGGAUAAGUCGAUUAACCAUAAUUCUCGGAUUGUGGGCAUGAAGAAGACUCUUGUUUAUCACAAUGGUCGAGCUCCUAAUGGUGAGAGGACUAAUUGGGUUAUGCAUGAGUACCGCCUUGCUGACGAGGACUUGGAGAAAGCUGGAGUUCAACAAGAUGCAUUUGUUUUGUGUAGGAUAUUCCAAAAGAGUGGAUCAGGGCCAAAGAAUGGGGAGCAGUAUGGGGCACCAUUUAUUGAGGAGGAGUGGGAGGAUGACCAAGUGGCUCUUGUGCCAGGUCUAGAUACUGUGGCACAUGAGGUGGCUUUCAGCGAUGAUGCAUUUGUUGGAGUGAAUGACAUGAAUCAGAAUCCUGACAUCAAUAAUCCAUCUGAGGAAUCUCCUAGUCAAUUGAACUUCUAUUAUGGGGAAUCAAGUAACCAUGUUGAGCAUUCAAGGGAAUUUAGCGAAGAUGGUCAAAAGCCUGUUAUAUGCAUGCAAGAAGCUCAAUGUGGCACAGAGCUUCACUACAGGCAGAUGUUCUCUAAUUUGCCACAGCAAAAUGAGAUCGAUUCCAAUAUGGCAAUAGAUGAAAAUGGACCUGCAUUGACGAACAAUGUUAUUGCUGAAGAUGUUGAAUAUUUUCCUGCUGAGCCAUACCUGGAUGCUGAUGAUAAUCGUCAACUCGGCGAUGAUGGACUAUACCUAGAGGCUAAUGAUCUUUCCAACUUCGUUGAGGCAGAUUCUGUAGGUUUUAAUAUUGACGACUUUCUUACAUUUGGUGAUGCUGCUGAUGAGCAUUUGGCUUUUGAUCCUGCACAAAUGAUGGGGAGUGAGAUUGCUGUUACUGACCAAGAAUUUCCUGCUGUGGAGCAUUUGAAUGGAGGAACGGAGGAAGUUCCAAUCUCAAGCCAACAGCCAGUGGAAGCACACGACAAAGACCAUGCAUCCUCUUCAGAGCAAAAGCCAGAGGCGGCAUUAUUUGAAAAAGAUGUCAACUAUCCGUUCAUCAAAAAAGCCAGUCAUAUGCUGGGAAGCUUUCCUGCCCCUCCAGCUCUUGCCUCAGAGUUCCCUACAAAAGACAUGGCUCUUCAGCUAAAUGCUGCAACACAAUCUUCCAGUUCAUUCCAUGUUACCACUGGUAUGAUAAGAAUAACAAACAUGACUUUAUCUGGCAAUGGGUCAUUAGGCAAAAAUGGGAAUGCCAAUAUUGUUGUUUCCUUCGGCCUAUUGCAAGAUGCUGUCAACCCCUCUGGUAUUCUGCCAAUAGCCAACCUACUUUCAGGCAAGACAGGGUCCAUGAUGUCACGGCUCUGGUUGUUUCUAACAUUCUUUUGGGUCCUGAUUCUUCCUCUGAGUUUCAAGAUCGGGACUCACAUCAAUGCAAAAUAAUACAGUCAAGUCAAUGGAUAAGGUUGAUUAUGUCUUACAAAAACACCAUUCAAAAUACAUUGGUUGGGUACUGGGCUGCUAGUACACAAACCAUAUAUAGGUUUAUAUUAGACAAUUAGAGUUUCAGGCUGCUUAAGAUUCAUUAUUUAUUUGGUUUUUAUGUGUGCUGAAUCACAAAUCAACAUCUGAUAUCAUAUACUGUGGCUUUUUAACUUUGUUAUCCUUGAACUGCUUACUUGCUGUAGUUGUAAGGUUUCAGUUUAUGCAAGAACUAGACUUUAUGUAAGCUACACCCUUUUCUAUUUUCUUU